GGAACACUUUUAAAGCCCCAAACAUCUCUGUCUAGGGAGACGUGUUUUUCCUCGGGGAAAAGCAAGUAAAAAACCUACGUAGUGAAAGAAAAAAAGCUCGACACUACACAAAACCAAACAGGUUUCACGCCUCUGGCGGAAUGCGGGAGUGCAUAUCCCUUCACAUUGGCCAGGCAGGAGUACAAAUAGGCAAUGCAUGCUGGGAGUUGUAUUGCUUGGAACAUGCGAUUCAGCCAGAUGGGCUGAUGCUUGGUGGACCAAGUGAAGAGGCGGGUGAUGACUCAUUCAACACUUUCUUCAGUGAGGCAGCUGCUGGAAAAUAUGUUCCAAGAGCUGUGUUAGUUGAUCUUGAGCCUACGGUUAUUGAUGAGGUGAGAACUGGCAUGUACCGCUAUCUCUACCACCCAGAACAAAUGAUCUCAGGAAAGGAGGAUGCUGCUAAUAAUGCCCGUGGCCACUACACUAUUGGAAAGGAAAUGGUUGAGGUUGUCAUGGACAAGAUUCGAAAAAUGACUGACCAGUGCUCAGGUCUGCAGGGGUUCCUCAUCUUCCACUCAUUCGGCGGAGGCACAGGAUCUGGCUUUGCGUCCCUCAUCACCGAACACUUGUCGGUUGACUAUGGCAAGAAGUCCAAACUUGAGUUUGCUGUGUAUCCUGCACCACACAUUUCAACAGCUGUCGUGGAGCCAUACAACUCUGUACUCACCACCCACACUACACUUGAGCACUCAGACUGCACCUUCAUGGUCGACAAUGAAGCAAUCUAUGACCUUUGCCGACGCAACCUCGACGUCGAGAGGCCAGGCUAUGCAAACCUGAACCGCCUCAUUGGACAGAUUGUGUCUUCCAUAACAUCUUCGCUGAGGUUUGAUGGUGCAUUGAAUGUGGAUCUUACUGAGUUCCAGACAAACUUGGUACCCUACCCACGUAUACACUUUCCUCUUGUCACAUACGCACCAGUUAUCUCCCCUGAAAAAGCAUACCACGAACAGCUGACAGUUGCGCAGAUUACCAACAUGUGCUUUGACCCCAACAACCAGAUGGUGAAGUGUGACCCGCGCCAUGGCAAGUACAUGGCUUGUUGCAUGCUCUACCGUGGUGAUGUGGUACCCAAAGAUGUCAAUGCUGCAAUAGGGGCAAUCAAAACUAGACGCUCUAUACAGUUUGUCGACUGGUGCCCGACUGGCUUCAAAGUGGGCAUCAACUAUCAACCUCCAACCGUAGUCCCUGGUGGCGACCUGGCGAAGGUUCAACGAGCACUGUGUAUGCUGACCAACACCACAGCUAUUGCAGAGGCCUGGGCCAAACUCAACCACAAGUUUGAUCUGAUGUACGCCAAGCGUGCAUUUGUGCACUGGUAUGUGGGUGAGGGUAUGGAGGAGGGAGAGUUCUCUGAGGCUCGUGAGGAUCUGGCCGCCCUUGAGAAGGAUUACGAGGAGGUUGGAGCUGAUUAUGAUGGGGGCGAGGAGGAUGAAUACUGAGGUGUCAGGAAACAAGUACCUCUCUCACCCAGCAUGCAUUGCCCCCUCUGCCCCUUAUUAUCAACGGUUUGCAUCUGGAUACCUUGAUUAUAUGAAAAUCUACUGCAAUUAUCAAGUGCAAACCCUAUUAGAGAACUGUGUCAUUUUGUUUUGGAAGUAACCUCAACUGUAUACCAGAUGGUGCAUUGAAGAUGACUAGUAAUACACUGGUAGACUUAAUACAGUACUAGAGAACAAUGUUGCUACAAAUACGACUAGGAUGUGCAUGGUGUAUGCAUACUGUUGUGCUAUUAAAAUGCUUCCUUGCAA